AUGGAGUUGCCUGCGAACGAGGAGCAGGAUGUGCUUUAUUGGGGGGGGGGGCAUCCGCCUGGAAUCUACACUGUUAAGACGGGUUAUGCCUUUCUAAUGAACAACUUUCUGCAACAGGAUGUUUUCUCUGACACUAAUUUUUUCAGGAUAUUAUGGAAGCUCAAUAUUCCACCAAAGUGGAGCUUGUUUCUCUGGAAGCUAGUCAUGAAUGGGUUGGUUGUCAAGUCCAACCUAGUCAAAAGAGGGAUAGAUAUAGAUGUUUAUUGUGAUUCUUGUGGUAUGGCAGAGGAAGACCAACAACAUCUUUUUAGGAUGUGCUCUUUUGGGAGGUAUGCUUGGGCAAACUGUUCUUUGAAUAUCUCGUCUGAAAUUGAUGAAUCUACUCCUUUUGGACACUGGAUUCAGAAUUAUAUCCUGCUUUUUCAUAGCGAGGAUGGAAAAAGAAGUGAACGAGUAGGGACCUUUAUAGGGGUCCUUUGGAGUAUCUUGUUGACUAGAAAUGGGAGGAUCUUCAGUAAUCAGGGAGGAUGUCUCACGGAUUUGUUUAGAAACUACAAUACGGCGAUGCAACAAUUAUCUGUUUGGCAAAGAGUGGGUGAGGGGGUUGGGGUCAAUGGCAAGGUAAGUGCCGAUAGUGGCGCACCGCCAAGUUUUGAAAGGGUGAACAUUGGUUGCAAAAGGGAAGAUAUUAAUCACCCAACAAAUGCUAGAUUGGAGGUAACUAUAAUGGCUGAUGGCUCCUGGCUAAAGCGGAAUAGGAUGGCGGGUACAGGAUGGGCAUAUUCAGAAGACCAAAUAUCCUAUAUGGAAGGGGGUGGAACCUAUGGAAAAGCCCACUCUUCUCUACAUGCGGAAGUUAUGGCAUGUGUAGCUGCGCUAAAGUGGGCAGAAGUGAAAGGAUACUAG